AUGGAUGGUGCCAUAAGUCAGAGCUGGGGUACGACCUUUUUCACAAUGGCAUAUAUCAUUGCUGUCAAUUAUUAUCACAAAGUGGUGGUACUUGUGUCCUGUCAUGAUACUGAAGAUCCGUCCUGCGCAACAGAUUCUACCUACGCCGCUUGCGUUCUUGAUAUCAAUCGAGAUUUGAUUACAGCCACUGCUGCAGUGGCAGGAAUAGGGUCUCUGGCAUUUGGCUUUUUCACCAAUCUACCUGUUGCCUUGGCCCGUGUCGUGGAAGGGUUUAUUUUCGUUUUCUUAUCCCUGAUUGGCAUGCGGCAAUGGCUUGUCAAGGUAAUACCUGCUUCGAUAAAGGUCGCAAGUGGUGUAGGAAUUGGUCUGUUUUUGACUGAGACGGGAAUGUCAUACUCCGCAGGAAUCGGUGCCAUGACUGGCUCUGCGGUAACUCCAACCGCUUUGGGAGGGUGUCCUCCUCAUACUUCGACGUUACAGGAGCUUGCACUAGUCAUCAGAUGA